CUCCGACCUGAGAAAGGCAGCAAUACGCAAUACAGCGUCUACUCUGUCGGAAACGCACAAGAAGAACAGCAACCGUUUUUAGCUUACAAAUAGGGUACAUCGUUCGUGUUGUCUAAUUGUGUAGCCUUUUAUAUAUCUCUAAACUUUGUCGAUUUAGCUCACAUUUGCAGCAACAUUUUUAUCCCAGUACACUAUCAUGCAGCUGUUUAGCUAGCUUGAGUCGUUGAGUACAGAAGCGAGUUUCUCAAAACAAGGCACUUGUUUUUAAAAUUGACGGUAUUGUUAUUUAAGUCUACUUGUCGUGUGUCAUCCGUCCCCAAUGGGGUUCAAUAAGACAUACAUCAGUAUCGGGUAUGCCACUUUUGGCAUGCUUAUAGGAUUCUCUGCAUUUCUCGUGUGGAACAUCGCGUACAAUCAACCAUGGACAGCUGCAAUGGGAGGAUUAUCAGGUAAAGUAUUAGUCAGAAUGUAAACAAUGAUUUAUUUUGUGGAUGAGGCUGCAGACAUGAUGUAACGUUAUAGCUACAGCAAUAUUUUCAGGAUUUAACUGUCCAUCUGACUCACAUGAACUGAAUAUUGCCACAGCGUCGGUACCAAUCUCAUGUUACAAGUGUUACAGUGCUGUAGUUUGGAGUGACAUGGUCAGAAGCCAACACUUGAAUUUAUUUUUCCAAAAGAAAAUGGAACGUUAGCUACAUAACGUUCAGAGACAGACAGACACAGAUAGGAUUCUGUGAAUUUGUUGUAUGAUCUGUCGUUCGGCAACAUUCUAAAGUUCUAAACGUUGCACACGACCCCCACUGAACAACAUGCCCCAGGUCUAGGUAUUCUACCUAGCAAAGCUGAAUUGGUAAACUUGACUUCAGAAGAGAAUAGCUACAUCUCUACACAACAGGUUGUAAACUACUACAUCUCUGUACAAUACAUACUGUACUACAUUGCAUUACAUAUAAGGUUAUUAUUACCCAGUAAAAAAAGGAAAUAGGCCUAUAUCCUAUAUGUCCAAAAUGUCUACUUUCGAGUUUCCAAAACAUUUUAUUACACAUCAGCGUUUUAGCAUCAGUUAUUACAGGGGUUUCACUCAGGCCCCCCUUCUGGCAUUGGGGAACCCAGCGCCCCAGCCACAAGCUCUGUUCCUGACACAAACUGUUCACACUCCUCUUGUUGGUGGAGACAAUAUUUUGCAGGUUGAAAACGUAUUUCCUGUAAUUCUACACAUUUUGUCAUAGGGUGCAGAUAACAUUUUGCGUUUUUAAAGCUAAUUUUCUUGCAAUUCUAUACAUUUUGCCAUGUCUAAUGUGUAUUCAUGUGAUAUUUGAGUGACUCGCACACUAUAACAACCUAUGGGCUAGUUGAUCUGGACAUUUCUGACAAGUUAUAAAUAGCUCUCUAAGGUAUGCAAUGACUGACACGACAAGAGGAAAACUGAUGAUGCACUACCCAAUUCCGAAAUUGCACCUUGUGCAUUCUACUAUUACAACUUUAAAGAGUAAGUUGAAAUCCUUCCUGGUUAACCUGGAAUUUUGGAUGUUCCUGAUGCUAAAACGACACUGGUCAAAAACCUGUCAGGUGUCAACUCAAACUGUACUGUAUUUCUGCUUACACAGCCUUUUUACACAGUCUCCUCAGAUGAACUUGGCACACAUGUCCUGCUACUCAUCCCAUUGGAAGUUAUCUCCUCAUCACCAUUACAAUUUGCUGACCUGAUAAGAGCGGAAGCCUGCGCCUACCAUAAAGCAAUCAUUCUUUCUAGUAUUGAACAUUGGCUACAUUGCAGUCCGAGGAACAUUAAGGUCUAGUUACCAACCAUGCUUAGUAAUUGUACAAUAAAAAAGUAACUUUAUAAUUAAAUACUCUAUUGCCUAGUAUUUGCAAUUAAGUGACUUUAGAGUAUUAUUUCUAUGUUUUUAUUUUGUAAUGUGGUGUAAAACACAGGUAUUGACAGCCUAACGCUUAGAGCACCCCUUUUGUCAGUUAUGUAAUGACCUACUAGUUAAUUAGUGGUGCAUUUGUGGCUGGGAACUUUGAGCUCUUGUUAGUUCAUCCUCUCAGGUCAGCAAGUUGAUAUCGGUGUGACUUUUCUCUCUUCUCUUUGUUGUAAACUUCUUCUUAUACUUCUUCUUUAAACAGAACAGUAGCUGCAGAUGCAUAUUUAGUGAUGUAUUUAGUACUGCAUUUAGUAAUAUAUCUGUAUUGUAUGUACAUUUCACAUACAGUGCAAAUCUUGCUGUUGUGAAAUCCAUGAUUUCAAUCUAACAUGAAGGCGAAUUACUUUUUAUAAAGUGCACUGUCACUGAUGUUCUUAUCAAGGCCAAAUCCACUUUUUUCUUGUGGGGUCAUGAUAGCAGCAUGUGAUGUGUGGUGCCUGUGCCAAUAGAGAAAGAAUCAAUAAAGGUGCAAUUCUUGCAAAAACAACUUGGGGGGGGCGUGUGCUUGGUCAUAUGAUUGUAGACCAUGAGAUGGGGAAAUUAGUGGGGUCAGCAUGGCAGAUUGACACAGCAGAAUAAGACUAGCCUUCUCAGUAUCGGAGCAUGAGGUCUCAUACGAACAGGGUCAGAGACAGUUUCUAUCUACAACCCAUCAGACUGCUGAACACUUGAACUGGACUGACCACCUGCACUGACUCUCCACACCUUAGCACACAUGCACUCACUCACACAGAUAUAUCUUCCACACAUACAUAUACAUUCAUGCUACACACACAUCACAACUGCUGCUAUCAGACUCUUAUUCUGAUUGUGAAAUACUGCACAAUUUAAAUGGUGCCUUCCUGUAUUAUACUUAUGCUAAAAUGUUUAUUCUAUUCUACUGAGCCAUUUAAUUUAUGUUCGUAUUCUUAUCUUUUAUUAUUUAUUAUUGUUGUUAUAUUGUUGAGAAGGAACCUGCAAGUAAGCAUUUCAUUGGACGGUGUAUAUCAUGUGUAUCCCGUACAUACGACGAAUAAAACUUGAAGCUCCCUCUAACGAUGACUCAGGAUUUAGGAGGGUCAAUUGAACUUAGUAACGUUAGCUUGGCUGCAUCCCGUUUACCUACACUUACUCCGAAAAACGUCCUGUUAUGGAUUUAAAAAGCAUUGGAUUGUUGUAAGCAGGAGGGAGUUUCUACCAUUUGUUAAAUCCACGACAGCAAGUGUGCAAGUGCACACUUCAAGAGAAGGGUGGAGAAUCAGGACUCAGCCCUAACCACCAUCUGACCAUGCUUGAAAGGAAACCAGUGUGAUACUUUCAAACCUCAAAAACUUGUGUUUGUUUAUAAAUUCACUCUGGAGUGCCAGAGUGCGCUCAGAGUGCAUUCUGGGCGUUUGUAAAUUCAGAGCGUUUUUUGUUGUUGUCUGGGUGAGUUUCUCAAACUUGUUUUGUACAAUGGCAUUUUGUACUGGAGUAAACAGAAUGGAACAACUUUUGUUUUCGCCGAGGAGUAGGGUUGAUCCGAGCGUUCUAACCUCACAACGGCAGUCAAGCACCCAAGCUAACUGGCUAAAGUUGACUAGCUUGCUAGCUACUUCCAGACACAAAUGCGAGAACCUCACUCUGACCAUUUUACUCGCCCUAGCAGAGCUGGUUAGGCUGUUUUCAUGUUAUCUAGAGCGUUGGUGACGAACUGUGCUGCUGGCAACAAUUUAAUAACAUUUUUUUCCUGACGUUUACUGACACCGGUCAUAUUCAACAGGUGUUGCGUGUUCGUAAAUUCAGCACUUAUUCUGCGUUCUGGCACACUUACUAGGAUGCUCUGAAAUCGGAACAGAUACCCAGAGUGAAUUUACGAACGCACCCUUGGGUGCCGAUACGAUAUGUAUUGUGAUUAUAUAUGUGUUGUGUUUCGAUACUGUGGUUUUAUUGCGAUUUGAUGUUCCAAACAUAUUGCUCACCAUAUGUCUGCUGCAGAGGGACAGGAGAGCCAUGAGAAAACAAGUUUUGAUCAGUCAUGUAAAUAAAAGUGAGAAAAAAUAAUAAUUGCUCCCUAUUUAAAAAGAAGAUGGAGAAUAAACUAUGAAGGAGGAAUACUGGCGUUUUGGUGCAGGUACAGCCAACUAGCGCAAAAAUAAUAUUGCGAUAUUGUCAAUACGAUACGAUAUAUCAUCAAAAAUAAUAUCCCGAUAUGUAACUGUAUAGUUUUUUUCCCGGCCCCAUUACUACUAUACACACUUAUUCAUUAUGAUCUAAAAGGCAAAACUGUUCCUAUAGGCCUAUUAACAGCACUCCAUCGCUGGGACUCUUUGUGAAUAUGGCCCUUAACAUUGCCACUUUGUCCUACACAGCAUGCCCAACGAGUAAAGACAGUUUAAAUAUUGUGUAAGAAACGGUGAAAGUGGAUUCACGAAGGAUAGUGCUAUACGCUGUCAAACGGACUUGUGGUUAUGAAGCUGAAACCGUAAAAGAGGAACAUGGAGUGAGUGACAACAGUUUGAUUUGAGACACAAAUGACACAGCAAAACGUUAUGUACUGUGUCAGAAUAUGUACACCCCUAACACAUCUCCACACACUAACAUACAGUAGCCUAACCUCAAUGUACUCUUAUAAUCUCCACCGAAACAGCUAGAAGAGGACCGGCCACCCCUCAGAGCCUGGUUCCUUUCUAGGUUUCUUCCUAGGUUCCUGCCUUUCUAGGGAGAUUUUCCUAGCCACCGUGCUUCUACAUCUGCAUUGCUUGCUCAUUGGGGUUUUAGGCUGGGUUUCUGCAUAAGCACUUUGUGACAUCUGCUGAUGUAAAAAGGGCUUUAUAAAUACAUUUGAUUGAUUUAAUAUAGCUCAAGAUUUUUAAACAAAGAGGAAAUCUUCUGACUUAAGAACACAAUGUAACUUAAGAAAGUUACAUUGUGUUUGUCUCAUCAUGUCAGGAAUUGAUUUGACUCAAACUGUAAGGAUUUUGAACGACCAGCCCCUGACUGUCCGUCUGUGUUUCUGUGUCUCUUCAGGUGUGCUGGCACUCUGGACCCUUAUCACCCACGUCAUGUACCUGCAGGACUACUGGCGCACCUGGCUGAAGGGCCUCAAGUUCUUCCUCUUCAUGGGAGUCUUCUUCGCCCUGCUGGCUGUGGUGGCCUUCAUCACCUUCCUCUCCUUUGCCAUCAUCAACAAAGAAUGUGAGUCUCUCACACACACUCCCUUCACUCUCUCAUUCCUUCACUCCUCCUUUGAUCCUAAUUCGCUUCUCAUCUGCCCUUCACUUGCUCUACUGUUCAUUCUCCAACCAAUUUACUCCCUUUCUCAUCCUCUGUGUCAUCCACUGUACAUUUUCUUGUAGUGUAUUAGGAUGUGUUAUUGUCACGCCGGUUGGCGCGACAAUAGUAGGCUUUGGUUGAAGCUCAAUGUUAAAUUGAAAUCUCCCUACCAUCAUAUCUAAGCCAAUAUGACACCAAUGGGAAAAUCACCUUGAUUGGAGGUACACAGCACACUCCCUGCCUCUCGUCAUCAGCCGUUACCGAGAACCACAUGCCGGAUGUUGAACAGGGUCAUUAUCUUUAGAAACAAAUACAGUUUCUUACCCCCCACCUAGCUCAAUAUCUAGGCGUCUGAUAAGAACGAGACUACAACGUCCAUUAAGUGACCAUUAGACUUGCCACCUUUCGGACGGAAUACGUUUGUAAGGGCAACAGUUUUGACAAAAUUUAUAAUUUAUUGCUCUACGUGCCAAUAGAGAACCAACAAGGUACUACAUUUUUGUAGCAUUUCUGACAAUGCUAACAUUUUUCAGCCGAAUCUCAGAGUUGCUCAGCAACUCAAUAACACAGCUGGCCGCCUGCACCAAGCAUAAGAUUGAAGUGGUUGAGAACAAACCUAGGCUACUGUAGAUAUGUUGAUAUUCAAGCUGAGGUUAAUAAAUAAAUGCAAACAGAUAAUUGUCCGACAUGAAAAGAUUGGUCAGUUGUUAUUAGUGAGCUGUACCCUAUCUGACAAGCCAAUGAAUGUGGUUUUGUUUUGAUUAGCUAGGUAGCUAAGUUAUGUAAUGUUAUACCAGUCAGACGAGAGCUAAUGUUGGCUAGGUAGCUAACCAGAGCAUAUGAGCGGAGUGGAGCGGUGAGAAUCUCAGCUCCUCGCUCACGGAGCUGUUCACCCCUCCGCUCCCCCCGCUCAAAGCCACAUCAGGCCAGUCCGCUCAUUAUCGCUCAGCGCUCAACGCAGUUUGCAUCGCGCUCCACUCAAAUCGCCCCCCGCUCACUCCAAAAAAGGAACAAAAUCUGCAUGUAUUUCACUUUUAGCUUAAACCACAGCCUUACUUUAUCUCCCCGAAUUUGUUGCAUACAGACUCAUCUCGGAUUAUCCAUUCUGUCUUGAAACGGGGAUCUAACACUGACGCUAAAAUGAGAUGUUAAUCAGUAUAGUAUAUUCCAUAGCGAAUUGACACGUUGUUUGCCAAUGUUUCUGCAAAAGCAGCGAUGCCCAUUGGAAGUGCAGUGUGAGUGUAAUCGGUGAGCAGGGAUUUGAUUUCUGUGACAGCAGGGAGGAUCAUCCCCAGGUUCCCCAGCUCCUUCUGCAUUUUGUCUGUGAGGUCUGCUAGUGGUGUCAGCACACUGACAAGGUGCGUCAGCUGCCGUACUUGAUUCAGGGUGAUGUUAGCAACAUUAGACUUGAGUUUGUUUUACCAUAACGGGUCUUUUUGGAACAACCGGAUGAACGACUGAAUCAUCCGCAGCUGGCUGCUCCAUCGAAUGGCGCAGGCAUUUGUGGGGCGGACACCUAAUUGGUCGGUUUCCUCUGUGCUCUUGUGUACACUUUUCACCAGGUGCCCGACUUUCACUAACAGCCUAUUAAUGUUGUCGUGCUUGUUAACGGCGUUUUUGAUCGCCAGCUGAAGCAUGUGAAUGGGGCAUCUCAGAUGUAAAUUUGACAAAGUAAAGUACUGAUUUAUCAUAGUUUCUUGGGGGGGUGUAGCCCGGUUGAGCUGCGCUGGCGAAGUGUUGCAUCCCUUCGCGUUCUCCUUUACUCAGCGGUUCAUAGUCCAUGAAAAUCAUUUUAAAAAAUGCUACAUCCAGCUCUCUUUUUCUCUCCCUUGUUAUGGUUGGGCCAUUGCGUGCAGUGAAUAAACUUUUGAAUUCCUCAACCCUUUUCUCUUGUUGCUGCUGCUGCUCCUCUCGCUCUAUAAAAUACAAAUUCAUGGACGACACAAAUUAAAUUAAACAGAUGGAUUCUGGGUCAGGCUUGAGCAUGCUUCAGACUCGUGGUGUGAGCGAGCGAAAUUGGAGCGGGACAUAGGGCGACGCUCCGUCCUUUUAAAAAUGCAGCUCUGCGCUCUGUUCAAAAUCCGUCCGCUCACGCUCCACGCUCGCUCCCGCUCCACUCCGCUCAUAUGCUCUGUAGCUAACCAACAAGUUUGGAAAGCUAGCUAUAUUUUGCCAAGGCUGAAGUAAUCUGUGUAAACUGCUGACCUAGACACUUGCAUGUAAUCAGAGCGCAAACAAAUAUGCACAAUAAGCUAGCGAAUGUCCUUGGCUGCUAUGAUAGCCAGUUAGCUAGAUAGCUAGCUAGGCAACGUUAGCCAACAUAAGACUGUAAAGUUAGCUAACGUUAGAUGAGUAACGUUAGCUUGCUUAUUCAAAGUCCAGCAGCUAGCCUCUGUAGGUAGCUAACACCAGUCAGCUGAAAGCUAGCCAUCUAACGAACAGGAAAAUAAAAGUAGCUAGGUAUAUUUGGUCAUGGAAAGUUUUUACACAAAUUACUUCAGCCAUUAUUAGCUAUCUAGAGCCAGACAACAACAGCUGAUCUUGACACAGAAGUUAGCUAGCUCACGUCCAAAUGCCAGUCCUACAUUUUUCCACAAAACAUAGCUAACUAGCUACAUCAGUUCAAACCAACACCAAACGUUGGGCAAAUUGUCACGGUGCUACCUUACAAUGCAUGCAAUGGGCUUUUGCAACACUAGUUAGCUACCUACUCCAUAGUCUAAGGUGUGGUAAGAGCUAGCCACAUUUCACUGUCAGACAGAACACAACUCAAACUGUAGCUGAGAAAACAAAUGGCUAGGUACAUGUGCCUCGGUUGUGCACUGACUGCAGUGUGAAAAUGCAUGCUUGCUAGCAUCUGAAAAACUAACCAGUUUUCAACAUCCAUAAUAAAUUCAAUUAAGCUCCUUCUCCUGUCUUCCUGACAUUCUAAUCCAAAUGUGUGGAGAUCAACAGUGCCAAACUAACAACUCUGCCAUUAGACCGUCUUGAUUGUAUUUAAAGCUCCGAUCUGGAUGCUGGACUAGCCCAUGUGUUGGAUAUUUGUCAACAACUCUGCCAUGCGCGGCCAUUCUAGUGGCGAGGCUCUAGGGGUGGGGGGAGGUGGCUACUGCCCACUCCCAAACCCGGAUUAUAUUUACAUUUACAUUUACGUCAUUUAGCAGACGCUCUUAUCCAGAGCGACUUACAAAUUGGUGCGUUCACCUUAUAGCCAGUGGGAUAACCACUUUACAAUGUUUUUGUUUAGUUUUUUUGUGGGGUGGGGUGGGGUAAGGGGGGGGGGGUAGAAGGAUUACUUUAUCCUAUCCCAGGUAUUCCUUAAAGAGGUGGGGUUUCAAAUGUCUCCGGAAGGUGGUGAGUGACUCCGCUGUCCUGGCGUCGUGAGGGAGCUUGUUCCACCAUUGGGGUGCCAGAGCAGCGAACCGUUUUGACUGGGCUGAGCAGGAACUGUGCUUCAGCAGAGGUAGGGGAGCCAGCAGGCCAGAGGUGGAUGAACACAAUGCCCUCGUUUGGGUGUAGGGACUGAUCAGAGCCUGAAGGUACGGAGGUGCCGUUCCCCUCACAGCUCCGUAGGCAGGCACCAUGGUCUUGUAGCAGAUGCGAGCUUCAACUGGAAGCCAGUGGAGUGUGCGGAGGAGCGGGGUGACGUGAGAGAACUUGGGAAGGUUGAACACCAGACGGGCUGCGGCAUUCUGGAUGAGUUGUAGGGGUUUAAUGGCACAGGCAGGGAGCACAGCCAACAGCGAGUUGCAGUAAUCCAGACGGGAGAUGACAAGUGCCUGGAUUAGGACCUGUGCCGCUUCCUGUGUAAGGCAGGGUCGUACUCUCCGAAUGUUGUAGAGCAUGAACCUACAGGAUCGGGUCACUGCCUUGAUGUUAGCGGAGAACGACAGGGUGUUGUCCAGGGUCACGCCAAGGCUCUUCGCACUCUGGGAGGAGGACACAACGGAGUUGUCAACCGUGAUGGCGAGAUCAUGGAACUGGCAGUCCUUCCCCGGGAGGAAGAGCAGCUCCGUCUUGCCAAGGUUCAGCUUGAGGUGGUGAUCCGUCAUCCAUACUGAUAUGUCUGCCAGACAUGCAGAGAUGCGAUUCGCCACCUGGUUAUCAGAAGGGGGAAAGGAGAAGAUUAGUUGUGUGUCGUCUGCGUAGCAAUGAUAGGAGAGGCCAUGUGAGGAUAUGACAGAGCCAAGUGACUUGGUGUAUAGCGAGAAUAGGAGAGGGCCUAGAACUGAGCCCUGGGGGACACCAGUGGUGAGAGCACGUGGUGCGGAGACAGCUUCUCGCCACGCCACUUGGUAGGAGCGACCAGUCAGGUAGGACGCAAUCCAAGAUUGAGCCGCGCUGGAGAUGCUUAGCUCGGAGAGGGUGGAGAGGAGGAUCUGAUGGUUCACAGUAUCAAAGGCAGCAGACAGGUCUAGAAGGACAAGAGCAGAGGAGAGAGAGUUAGCUUUAGCAGUGCGGAGAGCCUCCGUGACACAGAGAAGAGCAGUCUCAGUUGAAUGACCAGUCUUGAAACCUGACUGGUUUGGAUCAAGAAGGUCAUGCUGAGAGAGAUAGCAAGAGAGUUGGCUAAAUGUAUAGGAUGCAUAACUUUGCAAUGCUUUUGCCUACUACAAACAGGCUGUAAAAGGCACAAGAAAGAUGUGGAUGUAGUGUACAUGGGGAUAUCUUAGGCACAUGAAAGAUGUGGAUGUAGUGUACAUGGGGAUAUCUUUGUUUAGUCUCUAUGGCUGAGUUAUAGGACCUUCAAAAUGUUAUGACUUAACCGUUUUCUUUUGCUUUGCAUUCAAUGGGAAUUUAGUAAUAUUUUGCAAUUUAAGACUGUCGCAAUCAAUUGAGCUAUUCACCUUCUGAAAACUACAGACAAUUACUUUUGUCUAUCCAUGGUGAAUUUUACACAUUCUACAAACAGUUAGUUCAAAACUGAUUUGAGUUAUUAGAGGGCAACAUCCAGCAGACCAGGGUUUAAACCAGCAACCCUUGCAGUUAUGCAAGCACACCACCUGUGCCAUUAAGGCCCAGGCCAUUUGGCAGAGGCCGAAUUAAAGGGUAAAAUAGCACUGCCAAUGACUGAAUUUUGAAAAAAAAUCAGGCUUUGCAUGUGGAAAUGUUGUAUAAUGCCCCUUUAACAGAAAAUCACCUUCCGGUGUAAAAAACAUGGAAAUUCAAAACAAAAAACUAUGUUUUAAGUGAGAAGUAGGCAUUGGUCUGAAGCCUAAAAGAAAGGAAAUUCACAUGAGCACCACAAUGACUACUCCACCCAUGCUCUACUAAGGUUUCCAGAACACAGCUUUGACCUACUACAGUAGCUAUGAUGGUCUAUUGUACUUCAAACAAUGACUAUGCAGGUUGCUAAGGAUUCAAACCUUCUUAAACAGCCUAGCUCAUACUCUUCAGAGGAGUAAUGGACUUUACAGUGUCCUGCUAUUAAAUAAUGUGUGUGUGUGUGUGUGUCUCUCUCUCAUUAGGCUAUAUGUAUUUUUUGAUAUAGGCCUAUUGUAAAUGUGUAUUAUUGUAGCGUCAGCAUCUUUAUUGCAACACGAAAUACAAAUACACACAACUUUAAGCUAAAUAUUAAUGUUCACAGAGGUAAUGAACUGCCCAUUGAUCAGCACAGCAAUUGAUAAAACAGGACCAUGUUUGCGAAACAAUUGUUUCUGAGCUUAUGUCAAUAUUUCACAGGUAAGCUAAUGGUUACAGAAAUCAGGAAUGCAGACAGGCUUAUGUGGUCCUCUAUAUAUAAGUGACUGUGUCCAACAUGCCAUCACCUGUUGCUAUGUUGGGCGCCUACUGAUCCCCCCCAAAAUAUGUUGUGAAAUAUAGAUUUUUCUCUCUUGUCAUGUAUUGCUAAAAUAAAGGUUUAAGGAAAUACAGGCAGGCACCACAUUACUACAAGUCAAAACAGCUCGCUCAAUCAGGCGUGAUGGUCUUGUAAGUAUAAUUUUAAAAAGCUUGAAGUGGUAGUGGAAUGGGAUGUGUGAAGAAUCCAAUACUUUAACUUGUAUGUGGUACAAAUCACAUUAUUGUUGGAGAACCUCCUCUAAGAGUAUGAAUUACGCUGUUUGAGAAGGUUUGAAUCCUAAGCAACCUGCAUACACAUUAUUUGAAGUACAAUAGACCAACAUAGCUACUGUAGUAGGUCAAAGCUGUGUGCUGGAAAACCUUGGUAGAGCAUGGGUGGAGUAGUUAUUGUGGUGCUUGUGAAUUUUCAUUUUUUUUUUCAGCUUCAGACCAAUGCCUACUUCUCACUUAAUGUGUAGUUGUUUUGUUUUUAAUGUAGUCAUUAAUAUUGCAUAUUUCAGCUCUUAGGGCAUGUGCACAUGAUGGAAUCUAUUUCCACACAAAAUGACUGCUUUGCAGAGAUUGUGUGCCGUGAAAUCACAUAACUCCAUGGGGUUAUUCUAUGUGAAAUCCAUUGCCUUUGUGUAUGCUACAAGCCUGAAGCUGUGGUCAGUUUUUCUACAGGAACCUUCAUUGAGAAGUACCUGAGUCAAUGAAAUGUGUGACAGUGUGCCAAUCAGGUAUUUUGCUCUGAGUCUGCAAGACUCUAAUAUCUGUUGUGUGUCUGUCAUUUCCAGCACUGACUGACCCGAGGAGUCUGUUCCUGUCGGGCGUGUGGAGCUUCUUGACCCUGAAGUGGUCCUUCCUGCUGGCCCUCUACUCCCACCGCUACCGCAAAGAGUUUGCCGACAUCAGUAUCCUCAGUGACUUUUGAUAAGGGCCAUUGAACCCCCUCUAUAAUGAGGGAAUGUGUACCUGGACCUCCACCCAUGCCCGCGCCUCCUCGUUUAGGUUACCCUCUCUUUUCCUGUGUCUGUGAAAUCAAAUCGAAGUUAAUUUGUCACGUGCACAGGAUACAACCGGUGUAAACAGUACAGUGAAAUGCUUACCUGCAAGCUCUUCCUCAACAAUGCAGUACUCAAUAUCAAAGGGAAAGAAAUAGAACAUCUAGAAUAGAAUGUUAAAAAUAUCACAGAAACAGGGAAUGCUCAGCACCUGCUAGCCAGUCUAUCCACAAGUUGAUCCCGAUUUUAUACCCUUUUAUGGAUUUUACAAUCUUCCUAUACAUACAGUACCGUUCAAAAGUUU